GCAAGAGUACAGCAUGUGUUGUGAAGAUGACAUGUUAAGUCAUGCAUUUGGGAUUAGUGUUUACAACGGUGGUUAGCAAGAGCCGCCAAAUGGCAUUGCAUAAAGUGUUUGUGUACGGCACUCUUAAGAAAGGUGAACCGAAUCAUUUUUACUUUACAAAUAAAGCUAAUGGAUAUGCAAAAUUUAUCUCGGCUGCAGAAACAGUAAAACGCUAUCCGUUAAUCAUCGAUACGCAAUAUAACAUUCCGUUCCUCAUUCAUAAGGAAGGGGUAGGACACAAUGUCAUUGGUGAAGUUUAUGAAGUUGAUGAUACUAUGCUGAAGGCUUUGGAUGGUUUAGAAAGUCAUCCAGACUUGUACUGUAGGUUGGAAGAUCAUGUACGGGUUCUUAAUGUAAAAGAAGUGAGCAGUGAAAUGCAACCAGUUCUCAAAUGCUGGAUUUACUUCAUUCUAAACCUGGAGAAAGAUAUAGGAAGUUCAUUUUUCCGUGAAUAUCAUUCUGAAGGACCUCAUGGGAAAUCAUAUGUGAGAAGGGAAAAAAAUGUGGAUUAUACUGUACUAAAGCAUCAGUUGCAUGGCAAAGAAUAAAAUUUUGUGAUUAUCAUAAAAAUUGACAUGGGGUACAUAUACUGCAAUAGCCAUAAUGAAAUGUGUGCUUUAUGUUCAGAUUAAAAACUGGAAGUAGUCUAUAAUUUCAUGUAAAGUGUGUUCAGUACAUUCUGAGGGAGAAAUAAAAUGGCUGCACAUUUA